AUGUACGUGUGCGCGCCCGCGUUUAUGGCCACUAGCCAAUUCGGAAAGAGACGUCCAUCGGCUUUCUCUGCGUCCCUCACAAGUCGGUCAGCUCUCCAAUCCUUACACCGGGUGAGCGCUCAAGCCCGUGAACACAACUUUUUCGAAGGCGGCCUUACCCACGAUUGGAUAACGCAUUACGAAAAACAAAUCUCCUCCGACCAGUCAUGUCUGAACGAAUGGAACGCUAUGGAUUCGAUUGAAUCGCGUCGUCCUCCGUCACCCGAUUCACUGAGAACAAAACCCAGCGAACGCGAAGAAACUGAACGCGUGAUACGCAGUGCCCUGAAAGAAAUCAUGAUGAGCGUAGACCUAGAUGAAGUGACGUCCAAGUUCAUUAGGGGUCGUUUGGAGGAAACGCUAGACAUGGAUCUAGGUGAAUACAAACCGUUCAUCGACCAAGAAAUGCUCACCGUGUUGGGCCAGAUGGAUGCGGCAACGCGAAUAUUCCCUCACGUUUACCUUGGUUCCGAGUGGAAUGCAUCGAACCUCGACGAACUCAGCCGUAACGGUGUACGACACAUACUGAAUGUGACGAGAGAAAUUGACAAUUUCUUCCCUGGCUCGUUCAACUAUCUCAACGUUAGGGUAUACGACGAUGAUAAGACUGAUUUAUUAAAGCACUGGGACAACACCUAUAAAUACAUCACAAAAGCCGAACAAGAAGGCUCUAAAGUCUUGGUACAUUGCAAGAUGGGCGUCAGUCGGUCUGCGAGCGUCGUAAUAGCAUACGCUAUGAAAGCUUACAACUGGUCUUUCAAAAAAGCGCUCGACCACGUUCAGUCUAAACGCACCUGCAUUAAACCUAACAAGCAUUUCAUCCUACAGCUAGAGACUUAUCAAGGAAUAUUGGCCGCGAUGAAAAACCGCGAGAAAUUACAGCGCUCCAAAUCUGAGACAAACUUGGUGGCCACGUCAGGCCUCAUCACGCCCCCAAAUUCGCCGAAAAAGGCUUUGGACACCCCGAGGUCCCAGAGCGAAGGUGACAAAGACGCCACGCCACCCGAUCGGUUAGACAAAGAAAAUGAACCAGUCGUGCCUAGUCCGCCGACACGAUUGAUGCCUCCAAAGUUAUUAGACAUCAGUGGAUACGAUUUAAUGAAGUGCGGCGGAAGACCAAAGUCAUGGUCACCAGAAAAUAACUUCGCCACUGACAUUUUAACCAGCUCUACGUUAUUGUCUCAGUCGUUGGAGAAAAUUAACACGGAUAAGAUCACUGUCGAAGUGGAAGUAGAAGUACCGAAUAUUCCACCGGCACCACCGUUGCCUCCAUUCGAAGCCCAUAAGUACAACGUCAGUGUGUUCAUGCCCUGCGGAAACGGUCUAAGAUCGUAUAGUGUGUCGCAGAACAAAAUCGUUCAAUUGCAACCAGCUACACCACCACCCCCCAGACCAUCGUCGGUUAAGCUCCGAGUCAACGAACUGGAGUCUAGCGGCAUUAGCAACAGUUGCAGCGGCAGCAUCACUAGCAGCAGCACCGGUGGUUGCACGUCUAGUCCGGACCGCAAAUCGACGACGGACCCGGGCCGGAAUCUGGUGCUGAACCUCACCACCCAGUUUGAGGGCGUAGUGGCCUCGUCGAGCGCGGCCAAUUCCCCUUCCGACGACAACGUUCUAGUCAACAAACCCUUACCCGCCGAAUCGCCGAAGUUCAGUCGGAUAGCCGUCAACCGACCUCCCUCGAUCGCCGUUUGUACCGCACAGAAACGGGACGGCGGCGAUCUGUUCUCGUCCAGGCUGGACAGGGUGUUUGAACGCGAGGAACGCAAACAGUGUCGCGAACCUCUCGACCAUCAAUCGACAGCGGUGGUGAGCGCCGGUGACGUGUCCCGGCAGAACUCUUGGAGCUCGUACGACAGCGCUGUCGUACUGCGUGACGUCAUAUCCAGACACAGUUCUUGGGGCUCUUGCGACACGCGCACCUUGCCGUCCAGGAACAGUUCGUGGGGCUCGUACGACGUUCGGCCGACUAUGCAGUACGUCAGCGAACGCGGCGAGAAGCCGGUCGUAAACUCCACUGCCGCCGCAGCCGUCCCUAAAACGGCCGCGGACGAACCGUGUUACCGGCCGGCCAAGAGGCCUAAGCAAAAAGACCAGCAAAAGCUACUGCUGCCCAAUUGCUAUUCGAGUUCACCGACGCUAGGCCUGCAGGGCGCUUCGCACAAGCUGGCCAACCGGGCGACCGCGUCCCAGCCAAACAUAUCCGGUCUUGGCAACACCGCCGUCACCGCCUCGUGCAACAACAAGCACAGCAGCCUGGUAAGGAGUUUGAAAGAGGAGUUCGAGGCCAAGGCAGGCGACGUGGUUGAAAAACCUUCGCGGAAGAACAGCAGUGGCGGAGGCGGUGGGAGUUCGGCCGAGGACGACGGCACCGGCACCGAACACGUCAAGAGCCUGCCCACGUCACCGGUUAGCGAACAUCCAAAGGUCACGCAACGACCCAGUCCGGCCGCUUCAAUGGAGGACUUAUCGGUCAGGAAACUUGUUGGCAAGUACGAAAACGGCAGGGCCCGGUCCAAGACGUUCGUGCAGGACAGCGGUUGUCCGCGCAAUCCACACUACCAACAGCCGCCGGUGCCGCCACGCGUGUCCAGCCUGGACGUGACUGCGAUCGGGCCGCGAAAGUUCGAGUGUAAUCCUGUCGUCAAGACGGUCGUGUUGCCCAUACAGCAGAGCGACAUCCGCGCAUCCGUCAACAGGGCGGCCAACAACAAACUACAACAGGGAAAAUCGCAUCCUCUGACGAAAUUGUCGUUCAAAUAG